CCCCGCGUCGGACCCGAACCCGGGGCAGAGAAGCGGCAUGGAAGCCGAGGACCUGCAGGAGGACCUGACCUGCUCCAUCUGCCUGGACUAUUUCGAGGACCCGGUGUCCAUCGAGUGCGGCCACAACUUCUGCCGCGGCUGCCUGCACCGCAGCUGGGCGCCGGGCGGCGGCUCGUUCCCCUGCCCCGAGUGCCGGCAGCCUUCGCUGCCCGCCGCGCUGCGGCCCAACUGGGCCCUGGCCCGCCUGACGGAGAGGACGCGGCGCCGGCCCCAGGGCCCCGUGCCCCCCGGCCAGUGCGGCCGCCACCGGGAAGCGCUGCGGCUCUUCUGCGAGGAGGACCAGCGGCCCGUGUGCUUGGUGUGCAGGGAGUCCCGGGAGCACCAGGCGCACACCAUGGCGCCCAUCGACGAGGCCUUCUGCACCUACCGGGAGAAGCUUCUUAAGACUCAGUGUAGUCUGAAGGACAAGAUGAAGAAAGCCAUAUAUUUUCAGGACAUGGAAAUGAAGAAUGUUACCGAGUGGAAGGAGAAGAUGAAGAAUCAGCGAGUGACGAUCAGCGCAGAGUUUGCAAAGCUGCACCGCUUCCUGGCAGAAGAAGAGCAGCUGUUUCUUCAGAGACUGAACAAAGAAGAAGAAGAGACGAAGAAGAGACAGAAUGAGAACACAUUAAAGCUCCGUCAGGAAAUCACCUCCUUGAAGCAGCUCAUCUUGGAGGUCAAGGAGAAGAGCGAGAGCUCCAGCCUGGAGCUGCUUCUGAAUCCAAAAGAUGUGUUGACCAGGAGUGAGAGCCAGGAUGUGAGCUAUUCCCUUGAAGUUCUGACGGUGAAGACUGUGUGCCAGAUACCGAUGAUGAAGGAAAUGCUGAAGCGAUUCCAAGUGGCUGUAAAUGUAGCUGAAGACACGGCACAUCCCAAGCUUAUCUUCGCCCAGGAUGGGAGAUACGUGAAAAAUGGAGCAUCGGCCAGUUCUUGGCCGUUGUUUUCUUCAGCAUGGAGCUACAUCAGCGGAUGGAGGAACCCUCAGAGGAUCGCACAGUUUGUGGGAAGAUUUCAGCACUUACCCUGUGUUUUGGGAAAAAAUGUUUUCACUUCAGGGAAACAUUACUGGGAAGUUGAGAACCGGGAUAACCUGGAGAUUGCCGUGGGGGUGUGUCGGGAGGACGUCAUGGGGCUUGCUGAUGCUUCAGAAAUGGGCCCCCGUGUGGGCAUCUGGGCUCUCUGUUGGGGUUCCGCCGGCUUUCGGCCCCUGAAAAGCUCCUCUGUAAGUCCUACCAAGCAAGAGCCCGCUCUUAGCCGGGUGGGAGUUUUCGUCGAUUCUGGGGCUGGGAGCAUCUCCUUCUACGGCGCUGUGGACGGCACGCACCUACACACCUUCUCUUGUCCUCGCGUGUCCCGCCUCCGGCCAUUUUUUUGGUUGAGUCCAUUAGCAUCUCUAGUCAUCCCGGCAGUGACGGGUGGGAAAUGA